GCUGUUGAUACUGGCAGCACGGACGGCCGCAUGACAAGGUGUACGAUAGACGGUGGCGAUCUAGAUCACCCUUCGACCGUAUGCGAUGUAGGAGAUCAACAGAGCAGCGAUAGGGCAAACGUCAAAUGAGAUGACGAGGAGAAAUUGAAUGUGAUUUGAGAUUGGAUUACGAGGUUGAUUGCGAGUAUAACUUAGUUUAUUUUGGAUUGAUUUCUACUUAUAUUUACGUUAAUUUGUAUCCUACUCUAAUAGUACGGAAAUCAAAAUUGUAGUACGGCAUAGAAGAUUUUCAUUUGCAUUUGAAGCACUUAUACGAAUUUCUAAGGUCCGAACUACAGAAGGUCGCAGGCAAAGAUUGUAGUGGAUAGCGAGGGUAAUUAAAUAACCAGUAGUCACCGAAACUCUUAAAAGCAACAUCUAAAAUAAAAGGCACUGUUCGCUGAAGAGACGUUGAUGAAUUUCUUUCCCCGUCGGCCACAAAUCUUUUAAGAGUUUCGUCCAAUAUCUACCGUCGGAAAGAACACGGCUUGCAAUGGCAACAGCAUCAGGAGAUCUGGCACACACCCAGCAGAACUGUGGUGGUUGUAAUAAACCAAGCUUUGUCGAUGGGACAACGGUCGCAUGCAAUCAAUGCCGUCGUUGGUACCAUAGCGCCUGUGCAGGUGGAACUGGAGAGAUCGCAGAUGGCAGUUGGUCAUGUGUAGCGUGUAUUUUAUCCUCGAGUGGACCGGCGAAAUCAGUUAUUUCAACCAGCAGUACUCGUUCGACCAGGGUGCGAUUGGAGCUGCUGCGUUUGGAAGAGCUUCAGAAGACUAAAGAGAAGCAUAUGAUUGAACGACAGGAACGCGAGCGCCUCCGAGAAGAGCGCGUCCAAAAGGAGAAGGAAGAACUUGCCCAAAAGUACAUCGACGAAAAAUACGCACUCUUGCUGUCAGAGACUUUGGAGGAUGGGGCUAGUAGCGUGAGAAGCCGAAAUAGUCGCCAGAAAAGUCUGGAUAAGGUCAACGAUUGGAUUGAAGCGAGACAUCAAGAAAGUUCUUGUGCAGAGACGAUGCUAGGCGAUUCGAUACUAAGCUUUCGACUACCGCUGGCAGCUGAGAAUCAGAACCGCCUCCAUCACGGAACUCCGCUUAGUUCACUGGGAGCUAAGGUCGUUACUAUCAGCGAGUCGACACCGAACAGGAAUUUGAUGGAACCGAUCGCAGAACAUAGCCUACCUACAUCUACAAUUACACAACCGUUACCGCCACCACCUGCGCUGGUCACAACAGUCUCUGUUACACCUGAACAACCUAACAAGAAACUCCACGCACCGACAUCGGAUUUUCAGUUGCUCCAAUCAUCAACGUCGGUGGGACUGCCUACACCACUGGUACAAUCACGCCAGGUAAGGAGUGCAAUGUUCACUCCGGGCGUAGCAAUGUCAUCUACGCCAGCUACCUUUUCGAUUGUUCCUCCACGACCAGUAGCGACUUGGAUGGGACCACCAAUUCCAGAAUCAAGUUCGGCGUUGCCAUCAGUACCAGUUCAUGGGCCAAUGACCGGUCAGCCACACCUACACCGAUCGCACGAAACUCAAACAUCACGGUUGCCUCCUUGGCAGUCACAUCAAUCAUUGCCGAGCCAUUCACGUCUACCGAUGCUUAACGAACCGGUACUAGGCCAGUACCAGCAACAGAUGGCAGCAAGACCGGUGGUUCCGCGAGACCUUCCAGUCUUUACAGGCAACCCUGAGGACUGGCCAAUAUUUAUCAGCAGUUAUCGCAACUCGACGUUGAUGUGCGGCUAUACCGAUGCCGAAAAAUUAAUGCGUCUUCAAAAAUGUUUACGUGGCAAUGCAAUGGAUGCAGUACGUAGCAAUUUGCUGCUUCCAUCGUCGGUUCCACAAGUCAUGGCCACAUUGGAGACAUUGUUUGGCAACCCAGAACGGCUUAUCCAGUCUCUGUUGAGUAAAGUGCGAACUACUCCUGCACCGCACGCUGAUAAAUUGGAGACUCUGAUCAAUUUUGGGAUCGUAGUUCAAAAUUUGGUAGGACACUUGAAAGCAGCCAAUCAACAGGUUCACCUAACAAAUCCGUCGUUACUGCACGAUUUGGUUAACAAGUUGCCGGCAAAUAUUCGCCUGGACUGGGCGCUGUACAAGAAGCAGAUGGUAGUAGCUGACCUAGAAACAUUCAGCAAUUACAUGUCGGCGAUCAUCUCAGCGGCAAGCGACGUUGCACAUUACAGCGAUUUCGAGGCAUCACAGCCCCGGCAUGAGAAACAAAAGGCUAAAGAGAAGACGUUCAUCAACGCCCACAGCUCAUCGGAUGAUUGUUGGCAGGUAAAGGGUCGAAAAAGCAACGACAGCAUCAACAAGCCAGUGGACACAGUAAAGUCUUGUUUUGUUUGCGAGAAAAUAGGGCACAGGGUAAAAGAAUGUUUCGAAUUUAAGUCUCUUUCUCUAAACGAUCGCUGGAAGGCGGUUGAGACACACCAAUUGUGUCACAAGUGUCUUGUGCCGCACGGUAGGUGGCCGUGUCGAACAUGGAAGUCAUGUGAUGUCAGCGGAUGCACAGGUAAUCAUCAUUCGCUUCUUCAUCCUGGUAUUCCGGAAUCCUCCGAAGUCGCCGUAGUAUCCGUGCACAGUCGGUCGCCGAACCUGACCAUUUUUCGGAUCGUCCCGGUCAUACUGUAUGGGAACACAACGCAACUUGAAACAUUCGCAUUUCUAGACGAGGGAUCUGAUUUGACGCUUAUGGACGAAGAGAUUGCUGACUUUUUGGGCGUUGAAGGAGAACAAAAAGGCCUAUGCUUGAAAUGGACGUCAAACAUUACUAGAGAUGAGGUCAACUCUAGACAGAUCGACUUGGAGAUAACUGGAGCAGGAGGUGGGAAACGCUUUCCUCUGGUAAACGUGCGUACGGUGAGUCGGUUGGACUUGCCCUGUCAAAGUUUGGAUUACGUUCAGCUGGCAAAAAGGUUUCCCCACCUGAAAAGGUUAUCUAUCUGCAGCUAUGAGAAUGCGGCGCCUAGACUCUUGAUUGGCCUAAAUAAUUUACAGCUAGCGGUGCCGUUGAAAUGUCGUGAAGGAGGUAUGAAUGAACCCAUCGCUACCAAAACGAGACUGGGUUGGACCAUAUUCGGUAACAUGGCCAAAACCGGUGUAUCGCAUUCAUUUCAAAUGUGCGAGUGUACUACGGACGAUAAGUUACACCACAUGGUUGAGGAAUUCUUUGCUGCAGAAAAUCUGGGUAUCAGCGGACCACUACCAGAAGGUGCGGAAGAAAUGCGGGCCAAAGCGAUUUUGCGAGAAACGACGAGAAAGGGCGAAGAUGGACACUAUGAAACGGGUCUGCUUUGGCGAUAUGACCAGUUCGAGUUCCCACCAAGCUACACGAUGGCGGCAAAAAGGUUUCAAUGUUUGGAACGACGUCUGCGAGCUAAUCCAGAAUUGCGGGACAACCUGGACAAGCAGAUUGUUGAAUACCAACUGAAAGGCUACGCACAUAAGGCCAGUAAACAGGAAUUGGACUCUGCAGAUCCAAAAAGGGUAUGGUAUUUACCACUGGGAGUGGUGACCAACCCAAAAAAGCCUGGAAAGGUGCGGAUCAUCUGGGAUGCGGCAGCAAAGGUCAAUGGCGUCUCCUUCAAUUCGAUGCUUUUAAAAGGGCCAGAUAUGCUGAUCUCGUUACCUUCAGUACUCUUUCGAUUCCGUGAACGUCAAUUCUGUAUCACGGCUGACAUCAAAGAGAUGUACCAUCAAGUCAAAAUCCGCUCAGCCGAUCGUUCGUCUCAGCGAUUCCUGUAUAGAUCUGACCCCUCGGACGACUUAGAGACCUAUAUCAUGGAUGUGGCCACCUUUGGCUCUACUUGUUCUCCCUGCUCAGCACAACAUGUUAAGAACACCAACGCCGCGCAAUGGAAGGAAACAUACCCGGAAGCAGCAUCAGCGAUAGUUGAAAACCACUAUGUGGACGACUAUCUAGAUAGUCGAGAUACGGUAGACGAGUUGGCAAGCUUAGCAAUCGACGUUCGAACCAUACACAAGGAAGCAGGUUUCGAUCUAAGGAACUGGCGCUCUAACUCCGAAGAGGUUUUGCGACCGGUCGGGGAAACAACGAUCACUACUGGAAAACCAAUCUGUGAAGAUAAAUCUAGUUCAUCCGAGCGAGUUUUGGGAAUGACCUGGUUGCCAGCCGAAGACUUGUUUACGUUCGCCAUUAAUUUGCCCGACGAUCUACAGCGGAUGGCGUUCGGUACCGAAGCUGUAACGAAACGUGGUGUACUGCGGUUGCUGAUGAGUCUGUUUGACCCUCACGGCCUAAUAUCCAACUUUCUGACCCACGGUAAAACAGUAAUACAGGAUCUAUGGCGUAGUGGAGUGACUUGGGACGAAACGGUUCCGAGGGAAAUUUACACCCGCUGGAAACGCUGGGUUAACCAGCUUCCCAAUCUUCAGUACGUUCGUGUCUCCCGAUGCUAUUUUCCAUCCUACAAUGUGAAAGACCUUCAAACACUUGAGCUUCAUGUUUUCGUUGAUGCAAGCGAGUCAGCGUAUGCAUGUGUUGCUUACUUUCGCAUCAUUGAGGGCAAUGUGAUAUAA